GAAGAAGAAGAAGAAGGCGGGAAAAGCAGCACUGGGUCGAAGCAGAGGCUCUGGGAGGGAAUGGCGGCGGACCAAGGGCUCGAGAUGGCCUCCAUGAUCCCCGCCCUCCGGGAACUGGGCAGUGCUACUCCAGAGGAAUACGAUACUGUGGUGCAGAAGCCAAGACAAAUUCUCUGUCAGUUUAUUGAUCGCAUUCUAGUGGAUGUAGAUGUUGUUGCUUUAGAACUUGUUAAGAAAACUGAGUCGCAGCCAAGUUCUGUAAUGUUGCUUGAUUUUAUCCUGCAUAUUAUGAAAUCAUCCCCACUUGUAUUUAUAAAUGUAACUGGAACUCAUCAGCAAAGUGAAACAGAAGCCAGCUGCAUUGAAUUCAGCAGUUGGAUCAUUGCAAGGCUUCUAAGAGUUGCUUCUACCCCUAACUGCCAUGUUUUACAUGAGAACAUCAGCCAUGUUAUUUGCUCUUUACUAUGUGUGUUCAAAGUGCGGAAUAGUGCCGUAUUUGACUUGUUGACAAGAGAAGUACUGGAUCUUCUUCAUGACCUGAUUUUACUCCAUGAGAGAAGUAUGGAGAGGUGCUCUCAAGGAAGUUUACUUAGCUGGCCUGUGACUGUGAGCAGAUUUCUGUGCAAUUCUAAUAUGCAUCUGGGCUGUUUAAGUUCUGUCCAUCUUCAGUUAAUGGGCAUGAGCAAUGUGGAGUGCUUGGAGAUAACUUUGAUGAGAAUUCUUACUGACAUAGUUUCUUAUUUAUUUUUUAAACGACAGGACAUUAUUCUUUGGGGGAUAGGGUGCUCCCUAUUGGACUAUGGUUCUCCAAAAGUUAAAGUUUUGAGCAUGACAUUUUUAACAGAACUGGUACAGCUAGGAGGGCCUCCAGAAGAACUAGCGAGCAGUUUCUUCUCCAUUCUUUUUGGAAUCUUGCAGUCCAUUCCUGAAAUGGAUGCUGGAAAGUUGGAACUCUAUGAGGAACCAUUGUCAGUACUAGUGAGAACGGUGUUUCCUUUUGAAACACAUUCCUAUGAGAACAUCGAACCUAUUUAUCUCAGUAUAUUAUUGGAGAAAAUCCAUGCAUUGUUUGAAGCUGAUGUGCUGAGGAUUCUUCAGUCUGAGAAGAUGAAAAGUGUCUUAUGUCACAUGCUGCAGUAUUUCAUGGUGUUUGUGCCACCUGGAUAUGAAUCUGCUGUUCCAGUUAGAAAGACCUGCAUUAACAGCAUUUGCAGAUUGUUUGUCUCAGUCAUUGGAACACAGGUGGAUCAGGAGUAUCUGCAGGGUCCACUUUAUGCUGCCUUGAAGACAGAAGCAGCGAAUAUCAUUCAGGGGCUGCAGCGUAGUAAUAAUCCAGAAACUUCUGAUACUGAUGGGGGGAGUAGCAGUAGUGAUGAAGUUCCAGAAAAACGGCUACGUUUGUCAUUAAAGCAAUCCAAAAAGUCCUCUAUGCCAGCAGAGCGCAGUCCUGUGAAUAUGACAGUGAAGAGCAUGUUGUGGAAUUUGAUUAGCAAGAGAGCAGAAUCUCUUUUGCUGCUUAUGGAACAAGACAUUCUGCCACGGGAAGUUCUAGAAACCAUAGAGGGAAUUUCUUUGAUAUUCCAACUGGCUUCUUUGUGCUCAGUCCACUCAGUAUCAGAAUUGCAGAGCAUAGGACAUCAAGUUGCUCACAGCCACAAACAAAAUAAUACUGUUUGUCCUUCAGCAACAGGACAACAUGUCUGGUUAAUCUGGAUUUCUUCAGAAGUUGUCAUGAGAGGAUUGAAAGUUUGUUGGAAGCUUUUAGAUCCCGCUUCAGCCAUAAUUGAUGUUGAACCAGUAAUUCAAAGAGUAGUGAAAAUAAUUGAUGCCGUACUCUAUAUGCAAGUAAACAUCCAGUUCAAAGAGGAGAUGAUUGAAAACCUCUUUGGAUUACUGUCUUUGCCAUGGGUUUUGAGCCUUUCUGAUGAUCCUUCAUUCAAGCUGCCUGCACUUAAUUUGGACCUUCUGACUUUGAGCCAACAUUGUAAAAGCUAUUUUUGUCUUCAUCUGGCACUAAGAGAUGUUCAAGUUCAUGCCAGGUUCUUAAUAUUUAUGCCAUGGACACUAAAGUCCAUCCAAGGAAAGAAUUCUAGUAUUAGAUUUUUAGUGGAAUCUCUACACUCCAGCCAGUUGGCUAUGAUUUCCACCACACCAUGCCAAAGCAGUGAAAUGCAGAAACAAGAGGUUGCUCAUCAAAGAGAGGCAGCUCUGGACAUGUUAUCUGAAAUUGCCAAUGUUUUUGAUUUUCCAGAUCUCAACCGUUUUCUCAAUAGGAUUCUCCAAGUUCUUUUGCCUGACCUUGCUGCCAAGGCUAGUCCUGCAGCUUCUGUGCUUAUCCGAACAAUAGCAAAACAGCUAAAUGUAAACCGCAGAGAGAUUCUUAUCAACAACUUCAAAUACAUCUUCUCUCAUUUGGUCUGCUUCUGUAGCAAAGAUUUGCUGGAGCGAGCACUUCACUAUCUCAAGAAUGAAACAGAGAUAGAAUUGGGAAGCUUGCUGAGACAGGACUAUCAAGGAUUGCAUAAUGAAUUAUUGCUACGUAUCGGAGAACACUACCAACAGGUUUUCAAUGGCUUAUCAAUUCUGGCUUCUUUUGCUUCUAAUGAUGACCCGUAUCAAGGACCAAAAGACAUCACAUCUCCUGAGCGAAUGGCUGAUUAUCUACAACCAAAAUUGCUGGGCAUUUUGGCCUUCUUCAAUAUGCAGUUAUUGAGUUCCAGUGUUGGAAUUGAAGAUAAAAAAAUGGCCUUAAAUAGUUUGAUGGCUUUAAUGAAACUUAUGGGUCCAAAACAUAUAAGUGCUGUAAGAGUGAAAAUGAUGACAACACUCAGGACAGGACUGAGAUACAAGGAAGAUUUCCCAGAGCUGUGCUGCAAGUCUUGGGAUUGUUUUGUACGAUGCUUGGACCAGAUUCAUCUUGGUUCCCUUCUCAGUCAUGUGAUAGUUGCUCUCUUGCCUCUCAUUCAUAUUCAGCCAAAAGAAACAGCAGCAGUUUUCCAUUUUCUUAUAGUGGAGAACAGGGAUGCAGUACAAGAUUUCCUACAUGAAAUAUAUUUUCUGCCAGACCAUUCUGAGCUAAAAGAAAUUCAAGUUGUUCUUCAGGAAUAUAGAAAGGAGACAUCCAAGAGCACCGACUUACAGACAGCACUGCAGCUCUCCAUGAAAGCUAUUCAGCAUGAAAAUGUAGAUGUUCGGGUUCAUGCUCUCACCAGCCUAAAGGAAACUUUAUAUAAAAAUCAAGAGAAACUGAUAAAAUAUGCAACAGAUAGUGAAACAGUUGAGCCAGUUAUUUCUCAUCUGGUGACUGUUCUUCUGAUUGGCUGCCAGGAUGUGCAUUCUCAUGCACGGCUUCUGUGUGGGGAAUGUUUAGGUGAAUUGGGAGCUAUAGAUCCAGGCAGGUUGGAUUUCUCAACAAGUGACAGCCAAGGAAAAGGUCUUACAUUUGUGACUGGUGUAGAAGAUCCACAUUUUGCCCAUGGAUUAUUCAUGGAGCUGACGAGAGCUUUCCUUGCAUAUGCUGAUAAUGUUCGGGCUCAAGAUUCUGCUUCAUAUGCUAUUCAGGAGUUACUAUCAAUCUAUGAUUGUAGGGAGACAGCCACUGACUGCCCAGGCUCCAAACUUUGGAAAAUGUUUCCUGAUCAUAUUCAGGAAAUAUUGGAACCUCAUUUAAACACACGAUACAAGAGUUAUCAGAAGGCUGUAAAUUGGUCAAAGGUUAAAAAACCUAUUUACUUGAGCAAAUUAGGCAAAAAUUUUGCAGAAUGGUCAGCCACCUGGGCUGGUUACCUUGUAACUAAGGUUCGACAUGACCUUGCCAGUAAGGUUUUCAACUGUUGCAGUAUUAUGAUGAAGAAUGACUUCAAGGUGACAAUCUAUCUCCUCCCCCAUAUCCUUGUUUAUGUUCUGUUAGGAUGCAGUCAGGAGGAUCAGCAAGAGGUUUAUGCAGAAAUCAUGGCUGUUCUUAAAAAUGAUGAUGCCAGUCCAAGACAAUGUGAGGAUAGCGCUUCAGAUCUUAGCCAUUUAAGUACACAGACAGUAUUCUCCAUGCUUGAUCAUCUGACACAGUGGGCUAGAUAUAAAUUCCAAAAAUUGAGUGCUGACAAAACUUCCAGCAAGUCAAAUAAGGACCAAGGAGAACGAGCACCAAAGGAGGAAUAUGGAGAGUAUCAAAGUGUAGUCCGCUUUCUUGACCUCAUACCUCAGGAUACCUUGGCUGCAGCUUCCUUUCGUUCCAAAGCAUACACAAGAGCAGUAAUGCACUUUGAAUCAUUCAUCAUGGAAAAGAAACAAAACAUUCAAGAACAUCUGGGAUUUCUACAGAAAUUGUAUGCAGCAAUGCAUGAGCCAGAUGGAGUGGAAGGAGUGAGUGCAAUACGGAAAGCAGAACCAUCGCUCAAAGAACAGAUCCUUGAACAUGAAAGCAUUGGGUUGUUGAGAGACGCAACAGCUUGCUAUGAUAGGGCAAUUCAGCUGGAGCCUGAGCAGAUAAUUCACUAUCACGGUGUGGUGAAAUCUAUGCUGGGCCUUGGUCAGUUCUCUACUGUAAUCACUCAAGUAAAUGGAGUACUUGCUAAACGACCUGAGUGGACACCUGAAUUAAAUACCUACAGAGUGGAGGCAGCCUGGAAACUGACACAGUGGGAUUCACUGGAAAAUUACCUAGCUGCAGAUGACAAGUCUAAUACUUGGAGUGUGCGGCUUGGACAGUUAUUGCUGUCAGCUAAAAAGAAGGAAGCUGCUACUUUCUAUGAAACCUUGAAAGUUGUUCGAGCAGAGCAGAUAGGUCCACUUUCAGCAGCAAGUUUUGAAAGGGGCUCAUAUCAACGAGGAUAUGAAUACAUUAUCAGGUUACACAUGCUGUGUGAGCUGGAACAUAGUAUUGGACCACUGCUUCAACAACCUGAUAGUGACAGCAGUAAAGAUUCUUUGAACUGGCAUGCUCGUAUGGAAAUGACACAAAAUUCAUACAGAGCUAAAGAACCCAUCCUGGCACUUAGACGGGCUUUACUCAGCCUGACUAAAAGAGAGGAUUACAGUGAGAAGAUGGGAGAAUGUUGGCUCCAGAGUGCCCGUGUUGCCCGUAAAGCAGGCCAUCACCAAACAGCAUAUAAUGCUCUCCUCAAUGCUGGAGAAUCUAAGCUGUCUGAACUCUAUGUCGAAAGAGCAAAGUGGCUAUGGUCCAAGGGUGAGGCUCAUCAAGGCCUUAUCAUCCUUCAGAAGGGGGUUGACCUAUGUUUUCCAGAUGGGCAGGUACCAUCUGAUACUAAAAGUAAACUAAUCCAUGGGCAAGCCCUAUUGCUGGUGGGCAGAUUUAUGGAAGAAACAGCCAACUUUGAAAGUAAUGCCAUAAUGAAAAAAUAUAAGGAUGUCACUGUUUGCUUGCCAGAAUGGGAAAAUGGACAUUUCUAUCUUGCUAAGUACUAUGAUAAGCUGAUGCCUACAGUGACAGAAAACAAGAUGGAAAAACAGGGAGACUUGAUUAAAUAUAUCGUUAUUCACUUUGGAAGGUCUUUACAUUUUGGAAACCAGUUCAUCUAUCAGUCAAUGCCAAGAAUGUUAUCCUUGUGGCUUGACUUUGGAGCAAAAGCAUAUGAAUGUGAGAAAGCUGGUCGCCAAGAUCGUAGUCAAAUGAAAACUGACUUGGCUAAAAUCAACAAGGCAAUUGCAGAUCAUACACAGCUCUUGGCACCUUAUCAGUUUUUAACAGCUUUCUCUCAACUGAUCUCCCGAAUUUGCCACUCCCAUGAUGAAGUCUUUGUUGUUCUUAUGGCAAUAAUUGCUAAGGUUUUCCUAGCAUACCCUCAACAAGCUAUGUGGAUGAUGACAGCAGUAUCUAAGUCAUCUUAUCCAAUGCGUGUAAACAGAUGCAAGGAAAUCUUCAAUAAAGCAGUUCAUAUGAAGGCAUCUUUGGGAAAGUUUAUUGGAGAUGCAGCUCGCUUAACAGAUAAACUCCUAGAACUGUGUAACAAACCGGUUGAUGGGAACACUACCACACUGAGCAUGGGCAUUCAUUUCAAAAGUCUCAAAAAGCUGGUAGAAGACCAGAAGUUCAGUGAGAUUCUUAUUCCUUUGCAAUCUGUAAUGAUACCAACUCUCCCUUCGGUUCCUGGCACACAUUCCAAUCAUGAUCCUUUUCCUGGAUGCUGGGCUUACAUUGCUGGUUUUGGUGAUUCAGUUGAAAUCCUUCCAUCUCUUCAGAAACCAAAAAAAAUUACUUUAAAAGGUUCUGAUGGGAAAUCCUAUAUCAUGAUGUGUAAACCCAAAGAUGACCUGAGAAAGGACUGUCGACUGAUGGAGUUCAACUCACUAAUAAAUAAGUGUCUAAGAAAAGAUGCAGAAUCACGGAGACGAGAACUCCACAUCCGUACUUAUGCUGUUAUUCCUUUGAACGAAGAAUGUGGAAUAAUUGAAUGGGUGAACAACACAGCUGGCUUAAGAAAUAUCCUGAUCAAAUUGUACAAAGAGAAAGGUAUCUAUAUGACUGGGAAAGAACUACGUCAGUGUAUGCUUCCAAAGACAGCACCUUUGUCCGAAAAACUGAAAGUUUACAAAGAAACCCUACUUCCCCGGCACCCUCCAAUUUUUCAGGAAUGGUUUCUGAGAAAAUUCCCUGAUCCAACUUCAUGGUACAGCAGCAGAUCAGCAUAUUGUCAUUCCACUGCAGUGAUGUCAAUGGUUGGAUAUAUAUUGGGUCUUGGAGACCGUCAUGGGGAGAAUAUUCUGUUUGAUUCUUUAACUGGUGAUUGUGUACAUGUGGAUUUUAAUUGUCUAUUUAAUAAGGGAGAAACUUUUGAUUUUCCGGAGAUUGUUCCAUUUCGUCUUACUCAUAAUAUGGUCAAUGGGAUGGGUCCAAUGGGAACAGAAGGACUUUUCCGAAGGGCUUGUGAAGUUACACUAAGACUUAUGCGUGACCAGAGAGAACCACUAAUGAGUGUUUUGAAAACAUUUCUCCAUGAUCCUUUGGUGGAGUGGAGUAAACCAGUGAGAGGCAGUACAAAAACCUUAGUGAAUGAAACUGGAGAAAUUGUCAAUGAAAAGGCUAAGACCCAUGUCUUGGAUAUUGAUCAGCGACUACAAGGUGUAAUCAAAAACAGGAAUAGAGUAAAAGGCCUACCAUUGUCAAUUGAAGGACAUGUUCACCAUCUUAUCCAAGAUGCAACUGAUGAGACCUUGCUGUGCCAGAUGUACCUUGGCUGGGCUCCAUACAUGUGAAAUACUGCCAUUUACAAAUGAGUUGUCACAACUACUUUUUAUUAAAGAGAAAGAAGGAGCUGUUACUCAUUUAAAAAGAGCUGUUUCUACUUCGGAAAUUUCUAACUGUGCAUGUCUGUUUCAGUGUGUGUGCAUAGUUUUUGUUUAUAUUGUAUUCUUGUAUAUUAAUACUUUUUAUUUUUAUAUUUGAAAACUCAUUUAUAUAUUUGAAGCCUUUUUAAUGUUUCCUUGUAGUAUAAACUACUCAAUACACCAUUUUUCUACUUUGUACCUAAAAAUCACCAUGGAUUAAAUGGAAUAUGCACUGAUGAAAUCACAGUGGCAAACAUAUCUUCAUUAAGUCAACUAGUGCUUUUCAACUGGUGUUUUCUGAAACAGAGAAGGUAUAUCUCUGAUUUACAGUGGAGAGCAAAGACCCUGUUAAAGAAGGUGCACUGAAGGAUGAUAGUGCUUUGUUUACAUUUACUUUUUUGUUGUACACCUAUAAGAUGUGUUUGAAAGUGUCAGAAUGUCUACGUGGGUCCAUAUGUAUUUCCACAUCUCAGCUGUAAAAUUCUGUUAAUGGAGAGGAUUCUGGAUACUAUAUAUGCCAGUUUGUUUUUUACCAUAUUAGCAUUCCUGAUUAGUUUUGCCAUGUAGUCAGGAGUGUUGUAUCUAACCAGAAGAUCUAUUCAUGUAGCAUUAUCAGUAGCUAGACUUGCAUAAAUUGGCAAAUGAGGUUUUCCACAGCAUGUACAUAACAACUUUACUGUAUAUCUGUCAAGUUGCCUUGAAAAGUCACCAAGACAAUUCCUUCAACCCUUGUGUUUUAUUAGAAGCACAGUGGCCAGCAACUUUAGUUCUAGGGAUAGCCACUUGGCAUUAAAUAACAGCCUAGCCAGAAGGGUCACACAGUGUUUAUUCCCACAUCCCUACUUCACAGAAAAGGAAGGAAUAAAAACUAGGUGGCAUGGUCCGUUAAGCACAGUUUUGCCAUUGUUACAUCAUUGUUUCUAUAGAGAAAAAGUAAACAGUUUUGUUAGUACAAAUUUAAAAGAAACUGAUAAAAGUUUAAACUACACUUGGUGUUGAAAUCAUACGUCUCACACUCAGAUGUUUCCAUUAUUCUCACAAAUGAAAAUCACUUCCCGCCGCAUUCUGCUGCCAGAAGUGUCAGCUGUAUCUAAGAGCUUUCCACCAGUGGAGGGAUACCAGCUAGAUGAAACAUACAACCUCUCAUCAAAUAAACCUGUAAUUGUGGAUGAUCUGAACAGAAAUAGGCUGUGUUUAGAUGUUUAAUUGAUACAUAUGCUACAAUAAAAAUAAUGAAUAUAAAUAACACUGGUUAUUACAGUUGCAGACCAAGCAACAAUAAACAUCAAAGAUUUUUAUAAACUCUUUUCAACUAAAAAUCAAUCUGAUUUUCUCUUUGUGUAUAUAUGUAUUCCUGUGCAUGCGUACAAAUGUCUGAACAACGUUUUACAAACAAGCUGCACCAGAAUUUGUUCUGCCUUGCCCCAGUUUUGGAGCUUAAGCACUGUGGUUCCUAAACUAUCUGCUUUACUAGGCACUAACAAGAACCUGAAUCUCCUUAGCUUUGGAUGAGUAUUGCUUGAUGGACUUUCAGAACUCAAAAGCUACUACUGAUAUACUUUUCUCAUAGAACUACAAUUAGGAUUUAUGUUGCUAUUGACAUUCUUUGAAUUGUGUGUCUUUCCUAAUCCUACCACAGACAACUACUUUUCAGACUUGAAAGCAGACUUGAUUAGCUUUUGAUUCUAAUGGGAGCGGAAUCAUGGAUUAUUCUUAGUUGCCUGUUUUAAAAUGCUGAGCUUGUCUUUCUGAGCAGUUAAAUUACAUGCACUUUUAGUGUAUGUUAUCAGUAGAAAAUACAUGAGAAAAAUCCACAAUAAAGUGUGCUGUUUAGAUGCAAAGUUGUUUUUCAAAAAGUCAUCUCAAAGCAGUAAACCUCUAGCCCAAUGCGAUCUUUCCCCUACAAUAAAAAAGUCUUUGCAGAAGUAAUGUAAGGGCUGAGAAAUAGGGCCUUCUGGGGGAAAACAUUCUACAGCUUCUCAAAGUGAACUACAGAACUUUGUUUCAAGAAGGAGGUGGGCAUAAACUUGGUUUGUUGUU